AUGACCACUACCAACGCGACACAAGCCCCAAUUGCUCAACAUGCGGGCAACCAAGGGGCAGCCUCACUCACUCAGGCUCCUCAUGUGCUUCACAACCAUCGUCUGAAGCACACCCAUGCCACAGCCCAUGUGCCCAAUCGUGCAGCACACUACGACACCUCCCUCUCGAUCCCGGUCCGGAAGUACCUCCAGACAUACGGUCUGACUCCGCCGCGUGUGGAGAGUUAUGAAGUGCAGAAGAAGAGAUGUCUAGGGCAGCUGGCGCAGAAGACUACAGACAUAGAAAAAUUCUUGUAUUUGAGUACAUUGAGAUACAACAACGUUCACCUGUUCUACAGGUUGUUGACUGAUCAGUUCAGCGACUUGGCUCCGUUGGUGUACACCCCCACAGUUGGCGAGGCAUGCCAGAGGUGGUCGGAGAUCUAUCAGCAGCCCGAGGGCAUGUACCUGAGCUUCGAGGACAAAGGCCAUCUCUCCAGCAUCAUACAAAACUGGCCCCAAACCAACGUGGAGAUCACCGUCGUGACGGAUGGCUCUCGAAUUCUGGGUCUAGGGGACCUCGGUAUUGGCGGUAUGGGUAUUUCGAUUGGCAAGCUUGCCUUGUACACUGGUUGCGCCGGGAUCCGACCCGAGGUCACCCUACCACUAACUGUGGAUCUGGGCACAAGCAACAAGACUCUGCGGGAAGACCCUCUCUACAUGGGCAGCCGGCGAGACAAGGUGACAGCGGAAGAGGAGAAGGAUUUCCUCGACGAGCUCAUGCGUGCGUUGAAGGAGCGUUGGCCGGACAUUGUCAUUCAGUUUGAGGACUGGAAGAAUCCGUUCCCCUCCCUUGAACGCUAUCGUCAAGAUUACGCCAUGUUCAACGACGACAUCCAGGGCACCGGCGCCGUCAUCAUGGGAGGUAUCAUCGGGGCCGUGAAACAAUCUGGCGUGGCUCCUCGAGACCAGCGUGCCGUGUUUUUUGGUUCGGGUUCUGCUGGCGUCGGUGUGGCCAAACAGAUCGUAGAGUAUUUCAUGCACGAAGGUCUCACGGAAGAAGAGGCCAAGUCGUGUUUCUGGCUUGUCGACAGCAAGGGACUCGUGACACAAGACCGAGGGGAUAAACUCGCCGAACACAAAAUCUAUUUCUCACGCACAGACAACCAUGGACAGCAAUUCAAAACACUGGACGAGGUCAUUGAGUACGUCAAGCCUACCAUCCUCAUGGGUCUAAGCACUAUUGGAGGCGCUUUCACUCCAGAGAUCCUGCGAAAGAUGGCUGCGUGGAACGAACGACCGAUCAUCUUCCCCCUCUCCAACCCAUCCUCCAAGUCGGAAUGCACUUUCGAAGAGGCGAUCAACUAUACUGAUGGCCGUGCAUUGUUUGCCUCGGGAUCUCCUUUCCAGCCAUACGCCUUCAAAGAUAAGAUGUACCAUCCUGGUCAGGGAAACAACAUGUACGUCUUCCCUGGUAUCGGCCUGGGCACCAUCCUCUGCAAGGCGGUCCAGGUGACGCAAGGCAUGAUCUAUGCUUCGGGCGAGGCUCUGCCUACCAUGAUCACGGAAGAGGAGAAACAACUGGCUUUGUUGUAUCCUGCUAUCACCCGCAUUCGGGAUGUGAGUGCUCGUGUAGCACUGUAUGUCAUCCGCGCCGCCCAAAAGGACAACGUUGACAGGUUACAUUAUCUGCGUGAGAUGAGUGACGAGGCUCUGGAAGCAUGGAUCAAGAGCAAGAUGUAUGACCCUCACCGAGAGACAAAGGAACUUGAGAGCGAGGUCCGUGAGAUCGUCGAUGACUUGGUGGCUUCUAAGUUGUGA